AUGCCAUCACCACCAGGGCUUCCCUUCUUUCUCCGGCAGGGCGGCGCGCCUUCCAGCCAGCUGUACGAGGAACUGCUAUCAACAAUCAGUCGCGGGGACCACGUGCAUGAGGUGUCCCGCCUCCUGUGUAGGGGCGCCCCCUUAGAGUCCUGGGUUGGCCCCUCAGUCCUCAGAUUGGCUGUCACCAACGACCGAAAACGCACCGUCAGCCUGCUGUUGGCGAGCGGUGCCUGGCUCCCUGCCAGCCUGUUGCAGAAUGCGUGGCAGAGCCCAAACGUGACCUCCACGGUGCUGGCCAGCCUCACCACCGCCUACUGCUGCCGGCUGCGUGCGGAGAGGCGUCGUCUUGUAAAGGUAAGCAGAGUCCUUGUGAAAGGCAUCAACAGUCUGCUGAAAGACAUCGAGGGGAAUACUCCGUGGAGGACUGCUUGGCGAUGGGGCAAAGGCACUGACCGAACAGCUAUCAGCGACCUGCUGGCAAAGACCGCGGCCGCCAGUUGCCCACUCACUGCAUCAUUCCUACAUAGUGCAGGAGCGUGGUCUUCCUUCAGCCAAGUUUCGUGUGGCAGUGCCCUGCACGCCGCGCUAGACGCCGGGCACCAGUACAUGGCCGAACUGCUAAUCAGGGACCUUGGGGCCUGCCCCUACGUGCCAGACUCUGUUGGUCGCCUUCCCCUGGAUAUAAUAACCCAUGAGGAGAGACGACACCACUUGGAGCAGCUUCUUGAGAAGGAGAGUGAAAAACUGAAGAAUAUGGAGCUUUCCUUGAAGGCAGACCACGAGAAGGAAGCUGCACGGACAGCGCUGCGUAUACAGAAGAUACUUUUGAGGAUCGCACAAAUAUCAAUAUUAAAUUCACCUCAAUUGAUGUUCGCAACACUCUGCUUCUGGCAUCUCGUAAAGGUCUUCUUCAAUUAA